AUGGGUCUAAUAGAAGGGUACAGUUCCAGCGAUGACGAUACCCCGGAGAAACCAACGGUCGCAGAAUUGGUGAGCCGGUACCGGCAGGAGAUGGACCUGUUACAGAAGUCACAGGAAGAUGAUCCAACUCCGGAAACAACCGUUGAUAAGCCAAAAGAUAAGGUCGUCACCAAACAAACAGCCAAAAGAGCUAAAAAGAACUUUGAUAUCGACUAUUCGGGUCCAUGGAAGAAGAAGCAUAAGGUAAGCGGCCAUACAGAACAAGUGGGUGAAGAAAAUAGUGAAGAAGUUGGUGGUAUUGAAGACGAAAAUGAUGGUGAUGCUGAAGACCCAAUCUCCUCAACUUCCACGACUACAGAACAAACUCCUUGGUCUCAAUUUGUUGGUAGUAAACAGAGGGAUUACUUGGGAAGAUCGUUUCUUCAUAUUCCUCAAGAUCUUCCAAUCAAAUUGACUAAAGAUCCAACUUCUCAUGAGUGCUUUGUCCCCAAGAAAGUCAUCACUACCUUUGCUGGUCAUAAGGGUGGAGUUAAUAAGAUCGAGUUAUUUCCUCUUUCGGGUCACUUGUUCCUUUCUUGCGGGAACGAUUGUCAAAUCAAACUAUGGGACUUUUAUCACCAAAGAGAACUUUUAAGAGUAUAUCAUGGUCAUAGUCUUCCAGUGAAAGAUAUCGCUUUUGACAAUACUGGUGAAAAGUUCCUUAGUUGUGGCUAUGAUAAAGUGAUCCGGCUUUGGGAAACCGAGUCUGGUGAAGUUCUCAAGACCGUAAAGGUCAAUGCCAUUCCCAAUACUCUCAAGUUCCAUCCUUUUAAUGACCAAGAGUUCAUCGUUGGUCUCUCCAAUAAGAAUAUCGAACACUAUGACCUCAGUAUCCCGGAAUACACUGUCCCCAUCCAAGUGUAUGAUCACCAUCAAGGUAGCAUCAACUCCUUAACAAUAAUCGACGAUGGUAAUAGGUUUAUGCUGACAUCAGAUGAUAAAACCGUUAGAUUCUGGGAUUGGCAAAUCAACAUUCCUGUUAAGUUCAUAAGUGAUCCAUCUCAGCAUUCAAUGCCACUGGCCAAAGUUACUCCUGAUGGGAGGUUCAUAGCCCUACAAAGCAUGGACAAUACCAUUCAUGUAAUACAAGGCUACGGCAAAUAUAAGUUCAACAGAGCUAAAACAUUCUCUGGCCAUAUCACGGCAGGUUACGGGAUAGCCAUAGACAUUUCUCCAGAUGGGAAGAUUAUCAUGAGUGGAGACAGUAAGGGGAAUGCUUUCUUUUGGGAUUGGAAAUCAACAAAAUUGGUUAGAAAGUUCAAGGUAGAUAAUAAACCAACAACUUGUAUUUGUUUCCAUCCACAAGAAACAUCAAAAGUUCUUAUUGGUGGACUUUCAGGGAAAAUUUACUGUUGUGAUUAA